UCUCUUUCUUAAAAUGGAGUCGAGCAAAAAGAUGGACUCUUCCGGCUCACUGCAGACCAACCCACCGCUGAAGCUGCACCCUGACCGUAGCGCCGGGACGUCAGUGUUCGUCCCUGAACAAGGAGGUUACAAAGAAAGGUUCGUGAAGACCGUGGAGGACAAGUACAAGUGCGAGAAGUGCCGCCUGGUGCUGUGCAACCCGAAGCAGACCGAGUGCGGACACCGGUUCUGUGAGACCUGCACGGCCGCCUUGCUGAGUUCCUCAAGCCCAAAAUGUACUGCGUGUCAAGAAAGCAUCAUUAAAGAUAAGGUGUUUAAGGACAAUUGCUGCAAGAGAGAGAUUCUGGCUCUUCAGAUAUAUUGUAGGAAUGAAAGUCGGGGCUGUGCCGACCAGUUAACACUGGGACACCUGCUGGUGCACUUGAAGAAUGAUUGCCAGUUUGAAGAGCUGCCGUGUGUUCGUGCUGACUGCAAAGAAAGAGUAUUGAGAAAAGACCUGCGUGAUCACGUGGAGAAGGCCUGUAAAUACCGCGAGGCCACGUGCAGCCACUGCAAAAGUCAGGUUCCAAUGAUUACACUGCAGAAACACGAAGACACUGAGUGUCCCUGUGUGGUGGUGUCCUGCCCGCAUAAGUGCAGUGUCCAGACCCUUCUGAGGAGCGAGUUGAGUGCACACUUGUCAGAGUGUGUCAAUGCCCCCAGCACCUGUAGUUUUAAGCGCUAUGGCUGCGUUUUUCAGGGGACAAACCAGCAGAUUAAGGCCCAUGAGGCCAGCUCCGCAGUGCAGCAUGUGAACUUACUCAAAGAGUGGAGCAAUUCUCUAGAAAAGAAGGUUUCCUUGCUGCAGAAUGAAAGUGUAGAAAAAAACAAGAGCAUACAAAGUUUGCACAAUCAGAUAUGUAGCUUUGAAAUUGAAAUUGAGAGACAAAAGGAAAUGCUUCGAAAUAAUGAAUCCAAAAUACUUCAUUUACAGCGAGUGAUAGACAGCCAAGCCGAGAAACUGAAAGAGCUCGACAAAGAGAUCCGCCCCUUCCGGCAGAACUGGGAGGAGGCAGACAGCAUGAAGAGCAGCGUGGAGUCUCUCCAGAACCGAGUGACGGAGCUGGAAAGUGUGGACAAAAGCGCAGGGCAGGCAGCUCGGAACACAGGCCUGCUGGAGUCCCAGCUGAGCCGCCAUGACCAGAUGCUCAGUGUGCACGACAUCCGCCUGGCAGACAUGGACCUGCGCUUCCAGGUCCUAGAGACCGCCAGCUACAACGGGGUCCUCAUUUGGAAGAUCCGUGACUACAAGCGGCGGAAGCAGGAGGCCGUCAUGGGGAAGACACUGUCCCUGUACAGCCAGCCCUUCUACACCGGCUACUUUGGCUAUAAGAUGUGUGCCCGGGUCUACCUGAACGGCGAUGGCAUGGGCAAGGGGACGCACUUAUCACUGUUUUUUGUCAUCAUGCGCGGAGAAUAUGACGCUCUGCUUCCGUGGCCCUUCAAGCAGAAAGUGACGCUCAUGCUGAUGGAUCAGGGGUCCUCUCGGCGGCAUUUGGGAGACGCUUUCAAGCCGGACCCCAACAGUAGCAGCUUCAAGAAACCCACCGGGGAGAUGAAUAUCGCCUCUGGCUGCCCAGUCUUUGUGGCCCAAACUGUGCUAGAAAACGGGACGUAUAUUAAAGAUGAUACCAUUUUUAUUAAAGUCAUAGUGGAUACUUCGGACCUGCCUGACCCCUGACCAAUCACCGGGGAGGCGGAUCGAGCAGAAGGCGACUCCUCUCGGGGUUUGAACCGCUGUCUCCACCGAGGUCCUCGCGCUCAGAAAAGGACCUUGUGGAGUGGAGGAAGUGGCAGAAGGCGGCCGCCGGCCGUUGGCAGGAGACAAACGUGAGGACGUUCCCUAAUAGACUAGAAACACUUCACUGAGGAAUUAUUUAUCCUUCAACGAGAUAAAUACUGCUGUCAGAGAAGGUUUUCACUUUCAUUUUUAAAAGUUUAAUUAAUUAAGAUGGAAAACAUAUAUGCUAAACAAAAGAACCAUGAUUUUUCUUCCUUAAACUUGAACACCAAAAAGAAACACACACACACACACACACACACACACACACACACACACACACACACACGGGGAUAGCUGGACAUGUCGGCAUGUUAAGUAAAAGAAGAAUUUAUGAAAUAAUGCAAUUCUGAUAUAUUCAUUCUAAAAUUCAAGAGUGCAAUCUUGUUUCAAAUAUAGUAUAUUGUCUAUUUUUAAGGCCUCAUCUGGUCUCUGUUUUAAUAAUUUGUUUGUCAGAAGACCCUGAAGUACACUAGGUCUUUUUUGAAAGUCUCUAAAUUCAGAAUCAUUUUUUAAUUUGAAGUUCUAAGAUAAUUGUUAUUGCAAACAUUUUAUUUUAAAACGUUGAUAGACUUAUAUUUCUUGGAAGAAAAUGUAAAAUAUCAAACACUGGUUAUCACUUGUGAUAGGAAAGAGAAUAUCCAACCUGUUGUUAUUUCUCGUUAGAAAUGUAAACCUUCAAUAUCUGUCGUAGUUAAUGACACUACUGCAAAAUUAUUACGAAAGGAAAAUUGCUCAUGGAUGCUGUGCAUCAUUUUCAGAUUUAUAAUUGUUUUCACCCUAAAAUAGGGCAUUAGUUGAACUUUGGAGUUCUAAACAAAAUCCUGUAGGUUUUUAAAAUUCUGCCCCAUGUGUUCAGACAAGCUCUCGAUUGCUGACAACACCGACCUUCAGUGUCCAGUGUCCGGGGGUGGGCAGGUGACUUGUGCUGGAGGAGGCCACAGCAGGCGUCUCUUCAUUCUGUCAUAUUGCUGCAUUCUGUGAACGAUCUCCGAAAGCAACAUCUGUGCAUAGAGAUGGUGGCAUAGUGUACAUGUGCCUUAGACGUGACAUGCUGCUUCUCGACCCGAGCUUUGUGUUCACUGUAAUUCUAGGACGUGGUAGUGUAACCAGACUGCUCUCUCGACCACUAGAUCUGUCUCUGUCGGGCCCUCAGACAGCCCCACACCUGCUGAGGGGGCAGGCUCCAUCCUCGGCUUCUGGGGCCUCCACUGCUUAAUUAUCACAGACUCCAAAUCUCUAGGCCCCCAAAGCCAGCCGCUUGGUCCCACCCCCCGAGGCAGGAGUGGAGCAGCAGUGGCACCUCUCCGUGUCCCCACCCAGGCCCUGGGAGCCCACACCACUCAAAGCAGAGCCCUCUGAGCAUCCCAGAGACCGCCGCUCUGGGGGCCUGCCGGGCUGACCCACAGGCCCCGCCGCUCCCCGGGAAAGGGUGGUGUCGGGGUCCGUAGGCCCAGCCUGCGCCUGCCCAGCCGGCCUUUUCUCAACUCACUGUUUACCUUCUCUCAAUGGUCCAACUGUGAUUCGAAGCCGGAGCCUGCCUGCUGUGCCCCUCUGCUAUGCACCGCGCUUCCUGGGUGCUCUAACCACUGACGGGUGCUACACGUGACGGGUGCUUCUUAGGCACAACCAGUGCGUGACCCACUGCAUCUGUGCCACUCAUCCACAAGACGCGCCCACACUCGGCCAGCUGGGCUGCGCACCUCGGACUGCCUGCCCCUGGGCUCCCCCGUGGUCGUGCAGGGACAGCUGGGUUGGUGCCCGGUGGCCCACCGUGUCUCUGGUGCUGCCAUCUGCCCUGGGUGUGCCUUUGCCCCAGUGCCUGCUGGAAGUGUCCUCUCGCACACCGUCCCCAUGCUUCCAUAAAUGACCUCGUGGGUUGCAAGCACCUGCCAUGCCCUUUGGCAGUGAAAACGCUCAGCUGUCUCCAUCUCCUCUCCUUUCUCCACUCCCCAGCGUGGCCUGGAGGGUGAAUCAGUGUCAUCGGUCUGCCCACUCAGCCGUAUGUCCCCACUUGGAGGAAGGACUUCCUGCGGGUACUGUGGGACCGCUGUUCCCUCGAAGGUGUCCCCACCUCCUCCAGGUCUCGCCCUGGGUUCUACCCAGCAUACCUGGAGGAGGGAGGACGCCUGGCAGUCCCUACCUGGCCGCAGGUGGCUUCCCGAGGGCGGGGUUACCGACCAGAACAUCCCUGCAACUUCCUCCCCUUCACUAAAAGUGCGGACAAUAUUAACAAAUUUAGGAUAUGCAACAUCUUAGUGUGGUAAAAAAAAAAAAGACAAAAAGACAAAUUUUUUCCCCUCCCUCCCUUGGUUGAAGUCCUGUUGGGGGUGGCCGCCUGGAAGCACCCGUCCCUUGGUGGGGGGCUUGUCCAGACUUGCUUCUGGUGGGAGACGCUGGCCCUCCCCUCCUCCCGAGGAGCCCGUAGGACGCAACUUCAGUAGCUGGCACCGUCCUCUGGGAUAAGGCUGUGACGUGGUAGCAUCAUCCUGUGGCCUGAUCACAGUUGGUGGCACUUGGGGGUCGUAGACCUUGUGGCCACUGUUGUAUACACACCUCUCUGUCGUACGCUCGGCCUGGGGAGGCCUGGGAUGGGGCCUGGCUGGACGCCCUCGCCCCCGCUUCUGCUUCACGGGAUCCUGGUGACAAGUGAAGGGUGUCAGGCACAGUGUGAUUGGGUACACUUUUCACAUUAACUAAAAGUGACAGAAUUCCCCAUGGGACAAAACUGCUCCCAUACGUUAAAGAAACCAACACCGAGUCUCAUGCGUGUUCAGCCAGCAGGCUGCCCUGUCAGCCUGUGCAGGUCAGUCUCUGCGAGUCCUGGACAUGCUCCCUGCGUGGCCCUGGGGGCUGCUGGGGGGAGAGGCGUGUCCCUGCGGGUGGCGACUGUGCUGGAGACUGCUUGCAUGGCCUUGGUUAUAAGCAGGGUUUUCCAUGUCCCAGGUUUGUAGGUAACAGGAGACAGACAGGAAGAGUGUGUGUAGGUUGCUCUCAGACCUGUCAGAGAGGAGGGUGGCACUGACCCCUGAGAGGCUCCGUGUGUGUUCACUGUGCAGGUGGACAGAGGAGGCUGCGUCGUGGUCGCAGUCACGGCCCCAAUUCCCAGCCUGUGCCCAGCGCCCGCCACCCCUUGAUGCUGGAAGCCGGUUGAGUAGGAAACUCGAGGCCAAGCCGCUCCCGCCCCCCUCUCACAGGACUUCCCUGCCCUGUGACCCCAGAGGGCAGUGGCCAGGGAUGCCUGCCCUCCCUGGUGGCACCUCCACCUGGCCCUCCAGAUGCGGCAAUUCCAGUCUCUGGGGCAGAACCGAUGCCCCGAGGCUUCCCCUAGGCCACCGCGGCCCACCCUGGUGAGGAUGGAGACAGCCAGCCUCUCCUCCAGGGUCCUCAGCCGCCUGGGUUCGGGGUCACACGUCCCACUUGAGGCCUGCAGUCGUCAUCAGCAGCACCGCCUUCACUCUUGGCAGUGUCGUGGUGGCAUUCCCCCGCGGCCGGCCUGGCAUCCUGCAGCCAGUGGGCAACGUCCAGCAGAAGAAAGGGUGGACAGACCCUUAAACACAUCCGGGUCCCAAGGUGGGUGGGUUAUCUCUUCAUCAGCCCAGGGGGGGCAGGGAGAGAGGCAGGACCCCAACUCAUACCCUGGGGGGGGGCACAGUGCCUCCAGGGCCCACAGCCCCACCCUCUGCACUGAACGAGUGACCCCGGCCGGUCCUGUCAUACUGUGUCCCCCACAGACGUGUCUGGCUCCAGCAUCUCCACUGUCCUCCUGGUUGGUCAGGAGCUCAGACUCCUUGUGGGGCCUCCUAUCCAAACCUCGGCCUCCAUAGCGGGUCCCUCCACUUGGGCACUCAGUCUGGGCAGGGCUGGGGCAAACCCUAAGGCCCUAUUCUUGUACUUCCAGACACAAGCUGGGCAAGUCCCAGGGGCUCCUUUGCAUUGUGAGCGUUUGUGAUGAGUUGAGGGGUCUGCCACCCAAAUCUACUUCUCAGCCCAAGACCGUGGUUCUGUCUUCUGUGUGCAAAUCUCGAUAGUUGUGUUUUCUCCAAAGUGGAAUGUGUCCACUAGGGUCCAGGUCAGAUGAGGCCAGUGUGAGGAGGCUCCAGUGUCGGCAGGUGUCCUGGUCAUCAUUCCUGUCUGUCCAGGCAGUGCUGGUUGUCUCCAGGGAGCCAGGGCCCAGAAGCAUCCUGGGGCGUUUUUCUUGGCCCCAGGCGACCGAGGCCAGCAGGCUGUUGGUCCGCUUUGCAGAGGCCGAGCAGUGCUUGCAUUUCAUUCCGCUGCUGCUGCUGUGUGUAGUCUGUCUUGUGAACUCGAGAAGACAAAGGUUCAAGUCCAGGAUGGCUGUUCCACUCCUGCAGUUCUGCUGGUUGGUUUUUGUAACCCAGUCCCCUUAGGCAAAUAAGAUAUAACCUUCAACAGCAAACUCAAUGACCUAAUUGGUAAACACAAAAGCGGCAUUAUUCCAAGGAUUUCUAUAAGAAUUCUCUCUAGGAUGACAUCUGUGAUAAAGGAAGUGUGUAAAUCCACGUAGACGAUGGUGUAACAUUUUUAGAAUUGCAUUCUUUCUCUGACGGCACACCUCUCCGUUCAGUCCUGUUACCCAAAAACAAAGACCAAAGAAGGCCAGUCUCUCAUUUGACUCUGUAUUUUUAAUCUGCCUGUUUUCAAAACCGCCGUCUGUGGUAACCGCUCGCUGAGGACCCAUCUCGACAGUCCAAGUGAUUGUGACCAGUGAUUCACGUCCUGUGUUUUUCUGCUCUUCUAAGAAACAACAAAAAGACAGUAUAAGUUAUUGCUCAGCAAUAAUCAUGUUGUUAAUGUGUUAACAACAUGUCUCAUUUUCUGAUAGCAUUAUCAUGUUUUAUAUUUUUGUUGACUGUAUAUUGUGUGCGGUUUUAUUUGGUAUUUAUUUGUGUUUUGAGGUCUUGCAAUGUUUUUGUGUUUCUGAUGCUAAUGACUACAGUUUGUAAGAGUGUAGAAUGCAAAACUGAAAUGCUUAACUGUCUCAUUAGAGGAAAAUAAACCUGACUAAGGAGUUC